AUGGAUUAUCAGAAUCGCGCAGGAUCCAAAUUCGGCGGCGGCGGUGUCGCCUCCCAAUCUGCAUCGAAUGCCGACCGUCGCGAGCGACUGCGCAAGCUCGCACUCGAGUCAAUCGACCUCGACAAAGACCCCUACUUCUUCAAGAACCACGUCGGCAGCUUCGAGUGUCGUCUGUGCCUGACAGUGCACCAAAAUGACGGCUCUUACCUUGCCCACACCCAGGGCCGCAAGCACCAAACGAACCUCGCACGACGAGCAGCGCGCGAGCAGCGCGAAGGCAAGGGCCAGGACCCGAACUCCAUGGCCGGAUUCGCAGGCGUGCAAGUCAAGAAGCAGAUGAUCAAGAUCGGCCGGCCGGGUUACAAAAUCACUAAGAUCCAGGACCCUCUAACGCGCCAACAGGGCCUGCUGUUCCAGUUGCAGUUCCAAGAGAUCACGCCCGGUGUCGUACCACGCGUGCGCUUUAUGUCAGCCUUUGAGCAGAAGAUCGAGGAGCCGGAUAACAAGUACCAAUACCUGGUGGUUGCUGCUGAGCCUUACCAGACCUGUGGGUUCAAAUUACAGGCUAAGGAGGUUGAUCGCCGGGAUGGCCAGUACUGGACUUGGUUUGAUGAGGAUAGCAAGGAAUUCUGGGUACAGAUCAUGUUCAAGACUGAGCGCGAGGAGCGUUUCAGUGGUGUGCCUGGUCUAGCGCCUAUGCAGACUUGA